CCUUUCUGAAGUAUGGUUUCUUGCACCGAUACAGAGAAACUGCUGAAGUCAUGAGGCUGCUCCAGGCAGAGACCUCAUCUAAUAGAUCUAAAAGGAGCAUCAAGUUCUAUGACUUCAUUUCACCCCAGGGGACUUGAGGCUGUCCGUGCCCGGAAGUUUAAGAGUAAAAGGCCACGGAGUAACAGUGAUUCUUUUCAGGAAGAGGACCUGGAGCCAAGUUUUCAGUGGAGGAAGAGUCUCCCUUUUGGGGCAGCUUCAUCUUACUUGAACUUGGAGAAGCUGGGUGAAGGUUCUUAUGCUACAGUUUACAAGGGGAUUAGCAGGAUAAAUGGACAGCUAGUGGCUUUAAAAGUCAUCAGCAUGAAUGCAGAGGAAGGCAUCCCAUUUACAGCUAUUCGGGAAGCUUCUCUCCUGAAAGUUUUGAAGCAUGCCAAUAUUGUGCUCCUGCAUGACAUAAUUCACACCAAAGAGACACUGACAUUCGUUUUUGAAUACAUGCACACAGAUCUGGCCCAGUACAUGUCUCAGCAUCCAGGAGGACUCCACCCUCACAAUGUCAGGCUUUUCAUGUUUCAACUUUUGCGGGGUCUGGCGUAUAUCCACCACCAACACGUUCUUCACAGGGACCUGAAACCUCAGAACAUACUCAUCAGUCACCUGGGAGAGCUCAAACUGGCUGAUUUUGGUCUUGCUCGGGCCAAGUCCAUUCCCAGCCAGACGUAUUCUUCAGAAGUUGUAACCCUCUGGUACCGCCCGCCAGAUGCCUUGCUGGGAGCCACUGAAUAUUCAUCUGAGCUGGACAUAUGGGGCGCAGGCUGCAUCUUUAUUGAAAUGUUCCAGGGUCAACCUUUGUUUCCUGGGGUUUCUAACAUCUUUGAGCAGCUGGAGAAGAUCUGGGAGGUAUUGGGAGUCCCUACAGAAGACAAUUGGCCUGGAGUCUCCAAGUUACCUAACUACAACCCAGAAUGGUUCCUGCUGCCUAAGCCCCAAAGCCUUCAAAUGGUCUGGAAUAGGUUGGGCAGGGUCCCUGAAGCUGAAGACCUGGCCUCCCAAAUGCUGAAAGGGUUUCCUCGAGACCGGGUGUCUGCCCAGAAAGCGCUCGUUCACGAUUAUUUCAGUGUUCUGCCAACUCAGCUGCACCACCUUCCCAAAGAGGAGUCUUUGUUUACAGUUUCAGGAGUGAGACUAAAGCCAGAAAUGUGUGACCUUUUGGCCUCCUACCGGAAAGGUCACCACCCAGCCGGGUUUAGCAAAUGCUGGUGAAAAGAAGGGUUGAGAUCACCAGGACCCUUCCAGGGCUACUUUGCUGCUGUUUCCGUUUUCAUUUGCUUCAGCCUCUGAAGAAGCUUGAAAUCUAGCUAGUUCCACACUGGACCAGGGAUUUUAUACCAUCACCUGUAACCUGGAGUAUUCCAACCAUUAUGUUCAAGGCAACAGU